CCUGUGCUCCCCUCCAUGGGUGCGGGACUGUCUGGGCAGCCACUGGGUCCAUGCUUGUCACGAGGGGUGUCCAAAACUCCAUCUAUUUGCAGGUGGGGUGUUGGAUCAGAUCCGUGGGGAAUUCAAUCCCUGGGCUGUCCCUGCAGCUUGUCCCUCUGUUUGCAGAUCCCGGCUGAGGAGUCGGAGGAUGAGCUGGUGGCCGGGGAGGAGCGAGCAGACACCCGGCUCAGCGAGCAGGACACGGCAGGAGGGAGCAAGGACAGGAGCAAGGAAGGGGCUGUGACCGAGGAGACGGACGGUGAUGGACAGAGAGAGGGGCAGGAGGCUGAGCAGCCAGACCAAAUGCUGGCAACGAGUAACAAGCCACGGAAGAAAAAAAAGAAAAGGAAAACCAAGAAAAAUUCAGCAGGAGAGACUGUGGAAGACAACGACCUGGAGGACAUCGACAGCCUUUUGGAGAGGAUCGAGGACCCCAGGCUGGCCCCACAGAGCCAGGGUGGGAUCACCGCCGACACCCGGCCUCUGCUCUAUGUGGAGCACAGAAACUUGAAUCCAGAGAAUGAGUUGAAGAGAUACUUUGGGGCUCGUGCUGUGCUCGGGGACCAGAGGCCAAGGCAAAGGCAGCGGCAGUACGUCCGCAGCAUGUGGCUGACAGCUCCCAAAAACACCUGGCCACGCUACAGCAAGACAGGUAUCACCAUGCAGCUGCUGGACACCCGGAGGGGCGUGCAGCACUUCACCUUCGAGCACCACCGUGAGUACCAGCAGGUCCAGUUCAAGUUCCUGGACGCUGUGGAGUCCAUGGACCCCAACAACAUCGUGCUGCUGCUCCAGAUGAACCCCUACCACGUGGACUCCCUCCUGCAGCUCAGCGACGUGUGCCGGAUGCAGGAGGACCAGGAGAUGGCCCGGGAUCUCAUAGAGCGGGCCCUGUACAGCCUGGAAUGCGCCUUCCACCCCGUGUUCAGCCUCACCAGUGGGACCUGCAGGCUGGACUACCGGCGGCCAGAGAACAGGGCUUUCUUCCUGGCUCUCUUCAAGCACCUGAUGUUCCUGGAGAAGAGGGGCUGUCCCCGCACAGCCCUGGAGUUCUGCAAGCUCAUCCUGAGCCUUGAUCCUGAGAAUGACCCGCUCUGUGUGCUGCUGCUGAUCGACUUCCUGUCCCUCCGGGCCAGGGAAUACACCUUCCUGACCCGCCUCUUCCAGGAGUGGGAGAGUCACCGGAAUCUGUCCCAGCUGCCCAAUUUCGCCUUCUCGGUGCCACUGGCCUAUUUCUUCCUGAGCCAGCAGGAAGAGCGCCCGGAGCUGGAGCGGGGCCAGGCCCGGGAGCGAGCGGCCCGGCUCAUCCAGCUCGCGCUCAUCAUGUUCCCAAGCGUUCUGAUGCCGCUGUUGGAUCACUGCAGCGUGCAGCCCGACGCCAGGGUCGCCUCCCACCCCUUCUUCGGGCUGAAUGCCCAGAUCAGCCAGUCGCCCGCCCUGAACCAGCUGACAUCCCUGUACGUGGGCAGGACACACGCCCUGUGGAAGGACCCAGCAGUCAUGGCCUGGCUGGAGCCCCAUGUCCACGAGGUUCUGCACAUGGUGGAGGCCCAGGACACGCUGGUGCAGGAGGCCGAGCACAAGAGGAAGAUCCGGUACCAGAGCGCUCCCAGGAACAUCUACCGGCACAUCAUCCUCUCGGAGAUGAAGGAGGCCACAGCAGCCCUGCCUCUGGAGGUGACCUCCCAGCCUGUGAUGGGGUUUGACCCCCUGCCUCCUCUGGAUUCCAUUGUUUCCUACACCCGACCGGAAAGGACAAGCCAUCCCUCCAACGAAAGCACUUUAUCCCUCUUCUUCCGCUCGCUGUUGCCAAAUUUUAACUUGCAGGGGGACAUCCGGCACGACGGGGACGACGAGGCCGGGGCAGCGCAGGACCUCAACCAGGGGGUGAACAGGCUGAUGGCGGCCAUGCGGGACAUGCUGGCCAACAUCCAGUUCCAGGAGCCCCCCCGUGACGACAAUCCCGAGGGUGACGGCGACUGGGACUGAGCCCGGGCUGUCUGUCCCCACAGCCUGUGGCAUCACCCCCGAUUUGUGUCGCACUCCAAUAAAGUCACACCAAUGGACUGGC